UUCCAGAUCGGCAAGAAGGGUCUAUUGUGCAAUUCGCAAUUAAAUGCACAUAAGGGCAUCAUAAAGUCUAUCCGGCCAAAGUUAGAAGUAUCUAUCUUAAACAUUACUAGGAGAACGAACUUAAAUAGGACAUUGUGGGAUAGAACGCCAGCACGACAUGCACUUCAAGAGGUUUAG